CUGCACCUUCCGCCUUUGUCCCCCCACCCUGGGCCUGGCAGGUGGAUUGGUCCCCUUGGGGGCCAGACAGCCAGGACCCACCCACCGCCCUCCUCCGCGCGCACAAGGUGGGACGUGGCUGGGCACACUCGGACUGGACGUGCAGCCUCGCCACCUCUGCCCUACCCUGCGGCCCGGCCAUGGGGACCUUCGAUCUCUGGACCGAUUACCUGGGCCUGGCUCGCCUGGUGGGUGCCCUGCGUGGGGAAGAGGAGCCCAACGGGCAGCGGAACCCGCAGCCCCAGGUGCCGGGGGUCCCGCUGCCCGGCCCCGGCCCCAGCCCCAGCCCCAGCCCCGGCCCCCAAGCGUCCGCGGGCCCCGAGGCGUCUGCGGCCCCCGAGCGCCUGUGUUCCUUCUGCAAGCACAACGGGGAGUCGCGGGCCAUCUACCAGUCGCACGUGCUCAAGGACGAAGCCGGCCGGGUGCUCUGCCCCAUCCUGCGCGACUACGUGUGCCCGCAGUGCGGUGCCACCCGCGAGCACGCCCACACCCGCCGCUUCUGCCCGCUCACGGGCCAGGGCUACACGUCGGUCUACAGCUACACCACGCGCAACUCGACCGGCAAGAGGCUGGCCCGGCCCGACAAAGCCCGGCCGCAGGACGCGGGCCACCGCCGAGGAGCCGCCGCAGCAGCCACAGCCGCUGCCACUGGAGUGGAUGCCGGCGCCAGCGCCAGCGCCAGCGAAGGGCCCGGAGAAGCCGGCGGCAAGUCUUCGGGAGCCCCUGGAUCCUCCUCCUGCUGCCCCUCCACUUCCACCUAGGAGGCCGCCGCGGGGAUCCCGGGGGGCCGCUGCCUCACUCCCGUCUGCUGCCUGGGGGCCUGGCAUGGGAGGGGGCAGCUGGGAAAAACCGGG